UGGUUAUCGAGUGAAAUCACAAUAGUUUUUAAUAUUAAUAUAUAUGAUAAUAAAUACUUUUCAAAAGAACCAGCCACGAGUACUGAUAAAAACGUGAUGUGUAUAUUGAGAGCCGCCGGGUGACUGCUGCCGGCAAUGAUGUGGUCACUAAAAGCACUAUAGCAGUUGGCAAGGCUUCCUAUUUGUGGUCAUAUAUAAACACCUAGUCCGUGUGUCUAAAGCACUUUCGAUUUUACAGCCGAUAUACAAACACACAUCAGAGAUGAAGUCAAUCGCGGUGUUAGUGUUGCAAUUAACCGCUCUUUGCGUGGGCCAGAAACACUCGAAAAAUCAAAUUGGCCCUCAAGCCUAUGACAUGGCGUACAAACCGCAAGGAUAUCCACAGCAACAAAUAGCCACCCCCGGGGAUGCUACACAAAAUUACUAUUACCCUCAAAGUAAACUAAGUUUGCAACAGGAACAACAGUUGCGACUACAGCAGCAACAAGCACAACUCCAACAACUGCAACAGCUGAAUUUGCAACAAAGACUUCCGCAAUCGCAACAGUAUCAAACGGCACAGCAACAGGAACGUCUUCAGGACAAUCAAAUAUCACAACAAGAAUAUUUACAAGCAUGGCAGCAAUAUCAGCAACAGUUACAGAGAAUGCAACAGACCGAACAGCAGGCAUUAUUGUCUCAGCAGCAAUAUUAUCAAAAACCUCUAUUCCAACCCGCACCUUCAACGUACGAGUCGCCGGCAAAUGGCCAGUUACAACAGAGCUUGUCGUCCAAUUCAGGCGAAUUGCAGCAGACACAACAGACGGCCGGCUAUUACCAGAACCCAUUGGGAGUUCGCUAUUCUUCGGCCGCCGAAGCGUCUAGAUUCCAAUUUUCCGGUAACGGUAUUAAUUAUUCGUUUUGAAUACAUUUCCAUAAUGAUGUUCAUUUUUUUUUUUUUUUUUUUUUUUUGGUUUAUUGUUAUUUUAUUAAAAUUGUUUUUUUAUUAUUAA